UAUUCCAACUACUUCAACUACUUACCACUGCAAAUGGCUUCUAACCAAAACAUUAACUUCUUCCCAUUUUUCCCUCCUGCACCGCCUCACACUUCUCCAUCUCCGCCACAAAUCCCACCGUUCCCUCCAAAAGUGGCACCGCCAUUUCAGCCCAACGUCCCUCCUCCAAGAGUGGCCCCACCACGCCCUCCCGUCAACCCUCCAUCCCCACCUAAGGUAGCACCACCUCGCCCUCCCGUCAACCCUCCAUCCCCGCCAAAGGUAGCACCGCCUCGUCCUCCCGUCAACCCUCCAUCCCCGCCAAAGGUAGCACCGCCUCGCCCUCCCGUCAACCCUCCAUCCCCGCCAAAGGUAGCACCGCCUCGCCCUCCCGUCAACCCUCCAUCCCCACCAAAGGUAGCACCACCUCGCCCACCCGUUCGACCACCUCCAGCACCAAGGCCACCAAGUCCUACAAUUCCACCUCCAUCACCACCACGACCCAAACCCAUCAAUCCUCCUCCACCACAUAUUCGUCCACCACCAUCACCGGCUGUUAAGCCACCGCCACCAUAUAUUCCACCUCCGCCACCACCUGGACACCAUUCUCAUGUCAUCAUCAUUGUUUUUGUCUCACUCGGUGGUUUGUUCUUUCUUGCAUUUCUCUCUGUAGCCCUGUGCUGCUUUAUCAAAAAGAGAAAGAAGAGGAUGAUUCAAGAAAGUGAUGUAGUAAAGGUGGAUGAGCAUAUGACAGUUCAUGAAGCAAUUGUCCCAGGUCCGCAUGGCACAAAAACUACUUUUCUAACCAUUGAUGAAGAUAUUCAUAUUGACGAAGAAAUCAGAAAGAGUGAAAAAGUUGGUCACAGUUCUAUCAUGAAAGCUGUACAAAAACAUCCUCAGGCUCUGGUUAUGGACACAACAGCUUCAACAUCUGGUUCCAAUCACAAGCCAUCACAUCAUAACCAAUAAUGUGAACUGGUUGAUUUAAUUUGCAAACUAAAGAAACAAUGCAAUUGUGUGUGAUGUUCUUAUUGAUUGUAAAUUUGUAAAAAUAAAAAUCAUCGACAAGAUGAGUAUGAAAUUUGUAUUUUGGCAUAUUAUGAUAAAAGUAAAGGCUGGAAAUGGAUAAUUUCAUUUUUAAA